UCGAGGCCGCGUUCAAUCGUGAGCACCCGCACCCUUGUUCAUAACCGCGCAUGCGCCGUGUACUCCUCGAAAACCGUAAUCGGGAGGGCUGCCGCUUAUGGCUCUGCACGCCCUCGCUCCGUGUGCACUCGUUCCCGCAGUCUCUGAUUGCACUCUGCGUUUCGGAUUCGUUAUUUGUGUAAUGUUUCCCUGUUUACGGAACUAAAAUCGCGUCGUUGCUCUAAUGGAAUGACGAACAAAACGUCAGUGCUGAGCAACUGAAACUCUAAGAAGUGUCGAGAUUUUGAGGAAUGUUUUUUUUAUUCUAUAUCUUUAUUUAGGUAAAAAGAAUCGUUUAUCGGUGACUGCUGUGACGUGGAAUGAUUAUCUGAUUAUGUGAUGCGGAAGCUGUGUGUCGCCUGAAAGUGCCUCCGCGUUAGAUUCUCGGUGAUUUUUCCUUUGAGAAAAUGCUUCUCUGUCGCUUCAUCUGGAUUGCCGCACUCUGUGUAAUGGCGUGCUUCAGAAGUUCGUGGUCAGCUCCCUUGGGUUUGCUGACCUCACACAACGGUGAUCUCGCACCGUACCUGACCUCGUCCAGCCUGAACGUGCCCCAUCGCCAGUACCUGCACCUUGACCACUUGGCCGAGGAGGAGGCGAAGCCGCGGCCGAGAGGAGUCCGCCCCGUGCUGCUGGGCCGCCCGCUGCCCGCCGUCGACCCGCGCCUCCCCGCCCGCGCGCACCCGUACUCGCUGCUCUAUCUUCACUUUGUGCCCAUUGAGCAGCUGCAGUGACUUCGCUGACUCGAUGUCGACCUGAAAUCAAACAAGAUGCGAAAAUAGCAACACGUCAUUGUAUAUUGUACAUUUAAACAUGCGUGCAUGCUUGCUCACACAUAUAUAAACAUAUACAUGUCUCUAAACUAUUUCAGUAUAGGCUGUCCUAUGCAAGAUCGUUAACUGCAUUGCUUAACUAAAUACUUGACUACUCUACAGUUACAUUCAUACAAAUAGAUUAAACAAGCAGAUUCUACAGAUUCCCUGCAAGAGCAAAGUACUGUGUUGUUAUAUAUACGUUAUACUCUCUUUACCUUAUGUUUUUUUUUUUUUUAAACUGCAGUAACUAAUAGCAAAUGAAUCAGAAAAUGAACCACCAUGUAAAUGAUGCAUAAUGCUUUGAGAAAAAUAAAACAUUCUUGAAGGAAAA